ACGUGACGUCAUAGGGCUGUCUGCGCUCCUGCAUCUGCUGUGAAUCGGAGGUUAGAAAGGUUUCUCCUGUUGAAGAGACUGAGACACACACUGUUAUAAGGAUGGAGUUUAUUAAAGAGGAGAGAGAAGAAAUAAAGAUUGAAGAAACAGUCAAACAUGAAGAGACGGAGGAACAAACAGACAUGAUGCCGCUCAAAGAGGAAAAUGAAGAACUAAAUGUAAUGCAAGAUACAGAUCAGUAUAAGAAACAUGAUCUUAUAACUGGACAAACAUCAUUUAGUUGCCCACAGUCUGGAAAAACUUCCUCACAAAAAAAAGCUCAAAAGACUGGAACUAGAAACAAUUUCACCUGCCAAGAGUGUGGACAGCGUUUCGAUCAACGUGGAAACCUUACAGUCCACAUGAGGAUUCACACUGGAGAGAGGCCUUACACCUGCAAACUGUGUGGAUAUACUUUCAUUCGAAAAGGAGACCUUCAACAACACAUGAAAAUUCACACUGGAGAGAAACCAUACACCUGCAAACAGUGUGGAAAUAAUUUCAUUCGAAUAGGAGACCUUAAAAGCCACAUGAAUAUUCACACUGGUGAGAGGUCUUACACCUGCCCUCAUUGUGGAAGGAGUUUUGCACACAGACAAAAUCUUACUGUCCAUAUAAGAAUUCACACUGGAGAGAAGCCUUUCACCUGCUCACUGUGUGGAAAUUGUUUUAUUCAAAUAGGAGACCUUAAAAGCCACAUGAAAAUUCACACUGGAGAGCAGUCUUACAUCUGCCCUCAUUGUGGAAGGAGUUUUACACACAGACAGACUCUUACAGUCCAUAAAAGAAUACACACAGGAGAGAAGCCUUACACCUGCCAGCAGUGUGGAAAGAGCUUCACUCAACAUGGAAACCUUAAAGUCCACAUGAGGAUUCAUGAUGGAGAGAAGCCUUUCACAUGUCAACAGUGUGGAAAAUAUUUCAUUGAACAUGGAAACCUUAAAGUCCACAUGAGGAUUCACACUGGAGAGAAACCUUUCACCUGUCCUCAAUGUGGAAAAUGUUUUUCAGUAAAAGGAACCCUUAAAAGCCACAUGAGCGUCCACACCGGCGAGAAGCCUUACGUAUGCCCUCAGUGUGGAAUCAGUUUCACUCAGCACGGAAGCUUUAACAGACACAUGAGGAUUCACACCAGAGAGAAGCCAUACACCUGCUAACUGUAGAAAGAGCUUC